UGUUUCUUCUAUUCCCCUAUAGUCUACCCACACCCCCAACCUUUUCAAAAGACAACACUGAGUCACAGUGGACGAUGGAUGGCUGUACAAUUUCGAAAUAUGCUGUUGUAAAUCGAUUGACUAAGCUACGAUUACAUUAUAGUACUGAUGUCCCUCCCGAGAAGGGUGGCGAUAGUAAUGGUUGCAGUGAUGAAAUCACUGUUCCUGCCGGAACGUUAAUAAAAAUUUUUCAAUGGAAAGGAUCAGCAUCUGUGGGUUCAAAAGUGUAUAGUACUGUCCAAGUUCUAGAUUUAAUUACCCAGCUGCCGAUAUACGAAAACCUAUACGAAUGUCCCCAGACAAAUCUUACUAAAGUGGCUGAAAGCCUCUGGCCAUACAUUAUAAGUAUCGUUGAUCCCGACGAACGUUUACGAAUGAUAAAGGAUGCAAAUCAUUGUAAAUGGGUAACAUAUAUAAAGGACAACGAUUUUGUAAGUGUGAAGGGCGAAAUGUUUUCAAAUAGUGCACAACAAUUUGACUGUAUUGUUCGGUAUAUUGGACCGGUUCGAGAAUUGCAUCCUGUGGGAUAUUUCUUUGCAUUGGAAUUACUGCAUUUAGAUAGUGGCCCGUCUCCUCAAGCGGACAAAAUUCCAUUUUGUGACGUUUAUAUGCAAUGUGAGCCUCGACUUGCAAUUUUUGCAACAGCCAAUUGGAUUACACCCAUAUCGAACGAAAUUCAAAAGAAAUUUUCUACACGUGAGUUUUUGACAGGAACAUUUGAGAAAUUGAAAUCGGCUAUUGGACCAAGUAGCGCCCUGACGGGAAGCAUCGGCAGUCGGAGUACAUCACCGAAGACAGAGAAAAAGGCCAAGAGCAAACAAAAGGAAGCAUCAGCGACAUUCUAUCACAAUUUGAGCGAUAAUACAACUGCCGCAGCAACGGGAAUGGAUUCCAAGAACGAAAUUUCCAAUGUGCUCCCAGCCGAUAACGACGAAUUCAAGCAGACCGUUGAAAAUUACGAACGGAGCUUGGAGCGACGCAGUACCAACACCGUACAAACUCAAACACAGCCACAGUCUGGUAUACUGAAGAACAAACGUAAGGAUCAAUCCAAACCAUCGUCGAUGUUGAAUAUGGGCGAUCGAGACAUUGUCGUUAUUGACAACACCGACAUAGACGAGUCUACGCGAAAUGAAGGUGAAGUAAUAGUAUUGGACAAAACACGUCAAGAAGUUGAUCUCGUUGAGUUGUUAGGUAGUGAUUGGCCAAAAACAGCAGGCGACGCCGCUGCCAUUCUUAACAAACCAAAAUUGCAAAAUUCCACCUUAACACGACAGUCAUCCGUAGGCGGUGGAGGAUGUAGCAAUGGCGUUAGUAACACUGGCAACCAAAAACACAAUCGCAAUAAGUCAUCAAACCCAUUAUCGCACAUAGCUGGAGGCAAUACGAAAAAAAUGAAUGAUUUGUCGGUCUCAUCGAACAAAAGUAUUGAUAGGAAGCCUCAAAUACUUGUCGCUUCUUGCACGUCGGUUUCAUUACUCAUUGGUGGUUCUCAAGUUCUAUAUGUAUUGUUUAAAAUAAAACGCGGAAAAUUUAACAUUUUGGAUAUGGAAAUAGGUCGUGCAUCAACUGCCACACCCAGUGAGGCUUCACUGUAUCACAACAUACCAUUGACCGUUUUAGAAUUUUUCACCACAUCUCCAAUCGGAAGUCCCAUUGAAUAUGGCUCAUACUUUUCAGAAUCGCACAAGCAAACCGAGCGCGAUCGCAAUUGUCACUCACCACAGAUUCCCUAUGAAAAUAAUGUUAGAAUUGUAAAUCAACCAAUAUAUGCUAAUACUCCAACUGAUGAUAUGAUCGAUACAGAUGGCUAUGAAACAUCAGCACUAUUGCCAACUGUUUUGGAUGCAAAUUUUUCGGAAAGUUCGCCGCUGCCAGAAAUUCCCGGAACUGGUCUCGGUGUUGGAUCCAUGGUCGAAGUUAACAUUCCCGAUGUAAGUGGUCACUUGUAUGGAGUUAUACGUUGGAUUGGUGUACCUCCGGGCGUCAAAUCUAUUAUGGUCGGUAUCGAAUUGGAGGAGGACUAUAUUGAUAAACAGCUUUUAAGAACUGACGGUGGUUUUAAUGGCAUAUCCCUCUUCAAGUGUCCAGCCGGACGUGGGUUGUUCGUGGAAUCUGAUCAGUGUUCUAGUGAUAGACGUUUCUCAGCCGAAGAUGGAGCCGUCGGUAAUGAUGCAAGCGCUAUUAACAACAACAACUACAAGACGAAACAACAGUAUACAAUACCAGACGAAUCACAUACAUUUGGUCAUAUGGACUGUCCAAUUGUGCCAGGGGCCGUUGCUCCAAUAAAAUGCUUCAGCCUUAACGAUUUGGAAGAACUAUGUGGAAAGUUCAAGGGAAUCCAAGGUCAUCAUAAUUCAUGUUAUUUGGACGUUACCCUAUUUUCUAUGUUUGCAUUUACGCCUGUGUUUGAUGCCGUCCUUUAUAGGCAGCCGGAUAAAGAGGAUAUAAGUCAUUAUACGGAAGUCCAGACAGUGUUAAGAGAGGAAAUUGUUAAUCCACUGCGCAAACACAUGUUCGUUCGUGCUGAUCGAGUUAUGAAAUUACGACAAUUACUGGAUAAACUUAGCAGUGUCAGUGGGUUGACGAGCGAAGAAAAAGAUCCCGAAGAAUUUCUGAACUGUUUAUUGGCGCAAAUUUUAAGAGCUGAACCGUUUCUUAAGUUGAAUUCCGAACAAGAUGCCUACUACUAUCAAUUGUUUGUAGAGAAGGACGAUCGUUUAUCAUUUCCCAGUGUACAGCAAUUAUUCGAGCAGAGUUUCUACACUUCAGAUAUAAAAUUGAAGGAAGUACCAUCCUGUCUUAUAAUCCAGAUGCCCAGAUUUGGCAAAAACUACAAAAUGUAUCCACGCAUUUUACCAUCACAAGUAUUAGAUGUAACAGAUAUUAUUGAAGAUUCUCCUCGGCAAUGUUCUGUUUGCGGUAAAUUGGCUGAAUUUGAAUGUCGUGACUGCUUUGGUGUUCUACAGAGCGGUGUCGGGUUAGAAAGUACAUCCUUCUGCCCAAAGUGCCUUGAGACUGUUCAUAUGCACGUCAAAAGGAGGAAACACAAACAUCGCAAAUUAUCAGUGCCUCAAGAUUUUCGAGUUAUGGCUGAUCAUAUGACAGUACCACGACUGUAUAUGGAAUUAUUUGCUGUUGUUUGUAUUGAAACAUCCCAUUAUGUGACUUUUGUGAAGGCUGGCUCAGGGCCUGAUGCUCCAUGGUGUUUUUUCGAUUCUAUGGCUGAUAGAAAAGGGGAACAGAACGGAUACAAUAUACCAGAAAUGAUAACAGUGCCUGAUUUACCUCAAUGGCUUUCCGAAGAAGGAUCUCGCAUCGUUAAUGAGACAUCUUCCAAUGACAAAAUGCUCCCCGAACAUGCCAAACGUCUGUUUUGCGAUGCCUAUAUGUGCAUGUAUCAGAGUACCGAUGUUAUGAUGUAUCGCUAAUGAAUUUCUUGUUUUAUAUUUAUAAUU